GUGACGCUAUGCUGUCUGUAGUUUGUAGAAAUCGCGCGAUCGGUACCUGAACAGGCUCAGAUGCGCGCGCGCCUAGGGCCGGUCCGAACGUCGCCGUCAGUGUCUCACUCUCAUAGCUUGCAGUAAUAUACUUUAUCGUGUGUGCCACAAGUUGAUGGGAGCCGGUGUUAGAUCGACCGACUAAGGUAAAGGCAAAAUGCCGAAGUUGAAGACAGUACUAGUAACAGGAGGAGCCGGAUACAUAGGCAGCCACUGUGUAGUGGAUCUUUUACAGGCAGGACAUGAAGUCGUGGCCAUAGACAACUUCGUGAAUGCCGUCGGUGACGAAAAGGGUUCACCGGCUCUGCAGCGCGCGGAAACCAUCACGGGGAAGAGCAUAGCAUUCUACAAGGCAGACCUACUCGAUAAACCGCAGAUCAUGCAAAUAUUUGAUAAGCAUCCAAUAGACUGCGUUAUACACUUCGCUGCCCUAAAAGCCGUGGGGGAAUCAAUGCAGCAGCCACUACUAUACUACCAGAACAACCUUCUAGGAAUGCUCAAUUUGUUAGAGAUAAUGCGCUCACACAACUGCUACCAAAUGGUUUUUUCUUCAUCGUGUACUGUAUACGGAGAACCUGAGUACCUGCCAAUAACAGAAACUCACCCUACUGGGAACAUCACCAACGUGUACGGCAGGACCAAGUACUUUAUAGAAGAAAUGCUAAAGGAUUUAAGCGUUGCUGAUGAGAAAUGGAACAUCAUAUCUCUAAGAUACUUCAACCCGGUCGGAGCGCAUCCCUCUGGCUUGAUCGGGGAGGACCCAACCAAAGAGUUCACCAACCUCAUGCCGUUUAUGGCGCAGGUGGCACUCGGCAAGAAACCCGUGCUUACGGUGUUCGGCAGCGACUACAACACACCAGACGGAACUGGUGUUAGAGACUACAUUCACGUCAUGGAUUUGGCCAGCGGACAUGUUGCAGCGUUGAAUUUAUUAAGUAAUAAUCACAUCAGACUUAAGGUGUAUAACUUGGGUACCGGCAAAGGGGUUUCAGUCAAAGAAUUGGUGAACGUGUUUGAAAGAGUGACGAACACAAAGAUACCCCUGAAAUACGUGGAGAGGCGACUAGGGGACAUCACGGCGAUGUGGGCGGACGCCUCUUUGGCAAAGGAGGAGCUCGGGUGGACAACCAGAUAUUCGGUGGAAGAAAUGUGCACCGAUUUUUGGAGGUGGCAAUCUAUGAACCCCGACGGAUACCCUAAAAAGAUUAAAACGAACGUGAUUGUUAACGGCAAAAGUUAACAUGCGUCAUUAAAAAAAUCUUUUAUCCAUA